AUGGUUAGGUUAAUGAAAUACAAGGAGGUUGUGCCAAUUGGUACCGCGUUGAUUAUUGCAGCGUCAACAUUUGGUCUUGGUGCCGUUUAUGGGAAUUGGCCUUAUGACGUGAAUACAUUAUGGAGACAUACAGAUCCCAACGGGAUAAGCAAAUCUUUAGUUCAUUAUCAAACAUGGGGAGAAUCACCAAAUUACAUUCAUCAUACUUUACAUUUUGUUGCAUUUUUAGGUCUUGUUGGGCACUUUAUUAAGUUGUAUAAACCAGAUGAAGAAGCUAAAUAUUUCGAGUAUGGAUCAUUAGGAUUAUACAUGGUUGCAGUUAUUAUUUAUUUAACCAAUUUACGUACUGGUGUUGUGUCAUGUAUCACUGGCAAAUGGGGCGAUGUUGAUUUUGAAACAGGUAUUAAUGUAAUGGCUGCUUCCCAAGUCAUGAUCGUUUUAGUUUUGGUGGGUGUAUUGGUUUUGCAAGGUGGCUUGUAUUAUGCCCAAUGGUAUGAUGAGCAGUUGAAAUUGGAAUUCUAUGAAAACGAAGCUAGAGAAGCAGCUGCUGCUGCAGAAGCUCAGGCUAUGGAAGAGGAAAAAUUGGUCAAGAAGGGGAGAAAAAGUAAGAAAGAAAAGGAGAAAGAGAAGGAGAAAGAGAAAGAAGAUGAUGGUGAAAAGGAUGAUAUUGAUGGAAUUGAAUUAGUGGUUAAUAAAGAAACAAGCGGUAGUCAUGGUAAAAGAACAAGGAAAUCAAGCGCUAAAAAAAGAAAAUCGUGA